AUGCAGGAGGCUGCUCAGCUGGAGGCUCUGCGGCAGCACCUGCUGAUGCAGAAGGCCCAGCUGGAGGAGCUGCAGCGGAUGAAGGACCAGUUUGCCGAGCAUGAGAGGGCCCAGCUGAAGGCCAUGCUGGGUGGAAUGCUGGCGCAGCAGCGCCAAGAUCAUGCGGUGGGUGUCGAAAGGAUGUUCAGGCUACCUGCGGGAGUCAUUCUGAAGGGCCGGGUCAGGGUACGGCUGGCGGCACGCCUGGCCCUGAGAACAGAGAGGGCCCCAGUGCUAGUCCCUCGGGCAGCCCUGAGCCGGAACGUGUGA